AAAACCUCCCACAUCUGGACAUAGUUAAGGCAGAAGGAAGUUGGAGUGAAUGCAGAAAUAUUCCUUCUCACAUCAGCUGUCUUUAGUAAGAGGGCCUUUUCUCACUCCACCUCAGCGAUGACUCUUCUUCUUCUUCUAAUCGUUCUCGUUCUUAGUGAUCUGCCAGGUUCUCUCUGCACAGUGAGCACUGUUGGAGAUCUGUCUGUCCUGGACGGUCAGUCCGUCACUGUCCCGUGUCACUAUAACCCGCAGUACAUCAGUCACGUGAAGUACUGGUGUCAGGGCCGGAUGAGGGAGUUCUGCACGAGCCUCGCGCGCACCGAUGAGCCCGAAUCAGCCCCUAACGGGAGUGGAAAGGUGACGAUCGCAGACGACCCCACGCAGCACGUGUUCACCGUCAGCAUGCGCGAGCUGACGGAGGAGGACUCGGGCUGGUACAGGUGCGGGGUGGAGCUCGGGGGGAUGUGGGUGGCUGACAGCACUGCCUCCCUGUAUAUCAGCGUCAUUCAAGGUAUAUCAGUGGUGAGCAGUUUGCAAAGUGCAGAGGAAGGCAGCAGCAUCACUGUUCAAUGUCUCUACAGUAAAAGCCUCAGGUCCAGUGAGAAGCGGUGGUGUCGCAGUGGGGACGUGAACUCCUGCAUGGUGACGGACUCUGAAGGAAAAUUCAUCAGUAGCAACGUGUUCAUGCAUGAUGACAGGAACAGCAUGUUGACGGUGACGAUGCAGCAGCUGAAGAUGAGAGACUCAGGCUGGUACUGGUGUGGAGCUGGUCAACAGAAGGUGGCUGUUCAUGUGUCAGUCACACCACAAACCACAACACUGAGCACAACAGUCAAGAAUCAAGAAUCUGUAAUGAGCUCAAAUGACCCUCACAGGCGUCCUGUUUGGGAGACUCCUCUUGUGGUGUGUGGGGUCAUAUUGCUGGUCCUGACUGUUUUUUUGGCACUUUGGAAGUUGCGGCAGUUAUUUAAGAAUAAGCAGAAACAUCGAGGGACAAAUGAAAUGAAUGAUAAUCUCACAAUGUGUCCAUGGAGAGAAGGAGACUAUAAGAACCCCUCUGUGAUUUUCCUGAACGCUCCAGCUCAGGUCCAGAUGCUCUAACAGAGAAGCCUCAUGAUGGGAAACACCAGACUCAUGGACAUUCAUGAUGAUGAAGAAGAUCAUAAAGUGAUCUGAUGGACACUUUGACUCUUCAAGUCUCUUUAUGAAGUCUAUGAGAGUCCUGCAGACUGGAGAAACUGAAGACUGGUCUAAUAUUUGACAUUCCUUCAUAUUUAACAGGAAGAUCAUCUUUCAUUGUAAUGCAUUUUUUUUCUUGUCUUGUAUUUCCAGUGGUGGACGAAGUACACAAAUCAAGUACUUGAGUUAAACUACAUAUAUAAUAAAAUAUUACUCCAGUAAAAGUAAAA